AUGGGGAACGCGCUGCGGAAGGGCAAAGAUGCCCAGGGGACGCUCGGAAAAAUCCUGAAUAGCAUCUACGCGGUGUUUUCAAUUCAUGGGGAAGACAGCUCCGUCAAUAAUAAACCUAAAGAUGGAGGAGCAGAAGAAGGUGCAUCGAAAAAAGGAAAAAAUAAUUUCCUUCUAAGGGCUAUAACCGACAUGACGAAAGGGGAAAAGACGCUGCUCGUCAUCGCCUUUGCAUUUUUAGCCAUCAAUGCGUAUACGAACUUGAAUUACCCGAAGAUUAUGGGGGAGUGUGUCGAGACGGUAAAUCUGUCAAACGGGGGUGUAACCCCACUUAGCGGGGUAAAUAGCGUUAAUGGCGUUAAUGCAGGUGGAAGCAUUGUGGCGCCCUCCAAGUGCAACUUCCUGAUGACUCUCCUACAGAGGACCAAAAUUUUAAACAAAUUUUUUCCAGGCACCCCAGACAGAGGCGCGAAUGCCGUUUUGUGCUUCCUACCGUACUUCCUCUGCGGAGGCGUGGCGUCCUACUUUAGAAUAUACUUCACAAACAAGUGCAUUAAGAAGGUAGAGAACCGACUGAAAAAACGAGUGCACAAAACGAUCAUUACACAAAACAGUGAAAAGUUCAAAUCGCAUAAAUCGCCAGACUAUCUCAUCAACCUUAUUUUUAACGAAAUAAAAUUUUCCGCCAAGCAGUUGAUCACGUCCAUCACGCAGAUGAUGCGUUAUGGUAACUCCAUCGUCGGGGGAAGUAUAUCCAUGAUAUGCAUAUCUCCUUACCUGACCAAACUGUGUGUCUUCGUUGUUCCUACUUACGGAUUUUUGAUCCUUCUCAUUUUGAGAAAAUUGAAAAGUAUUAAAAUGAAGACGUCCACCUGUGAAGAAAAACAAAUGGCUAGAUUGUCAGACAUUUUACAAAAAAAAAAUGUCAUUUCAUUUUUUGGAAAUGAUUAUUAUGAAAAUAGCUUUUUUUGUAAAAACCUAAAAUACAUGAACAGACUAAAUGAGAGGUACACAAAUUGGGAAUCCCUAUUUUAUUCCUUCCUCAAUAUAGGAACCAAUAUUGUUAUCUGCUCUAUCCUUUGCUUUGGAAGAAGCGAACUGAAUAAGAAACAUAUCACCCAUGGACAGCUCGUUUCCUUCAUUGCCUUCUCCAGCAUGUUAGGGUUAGGCAUUGUUGGCAUGCUAAAAUUGAAAAAGGAUAUCGGUGUUCUCCAGCUAAGUUUGCAGAAGAUUUACGAAAUUGUGGAUUUCACUCCGGUGAGGAAUGCUGAACCGGAUGAAAGGACACCCCACACCACUGCUGAUGUGAAUAGCGAAGGUGGUUCCCCUGUAGUUUGUGACCCAUGUCCAAGAAACCUCCGCGGAAGCCUCAAAUUUGAGAACGUCCACUUUUCCUACAAUGCAUUCGAUCCCAGCAAGAAAAAGGAUGUCCUAAAAAAUAUAAACUUUGAAAUAAAGGAAAGGGAAAAGGUAGCCAUUGUAGGGAAAAGCGGGUCGGGAAAGUCCACCCUGUGGAAGCUCCUCACCACGGAGUAUGACUACCAGGGAAACAUAUACAUUGACAAGUGUGACUUAAAAAAUUUAAACAAAACGUAUUUUAAAAAAUGCGUCAUAUCGGUUAGUGAGCAGGACUGCUGUGUGCUGAAUAGGUCUCUGUACGAAAAUUUAGUCUACGCCCUGUUACCGGUAAAUAUUGAGGGCAAGCGGGAGUUGCCAAAGGUUAUCCCCAUGGGAGUAGAUGAGUCGACUAGCAAGAAGGAAGGAGAAGGCAUACCAAAUGAAAAGCCAGACGAAGCUCCAAACACACGCCUAGGUGAAGGAAAAAUAACUCCAAGCAGUGAUACAGCCCACCUGAAGGGCCAAAACAAUUAUACACUUUUGCAGGAAUACGGGCAAGAAAAAUUAAGCCUCAUAAACGAAACAAUAAAUGCACUGUGCGAACAGCUAGAUUUGACCCAGUUUAUUCACUCCCUACCAGAACAUAUCCACACAAGUGUACAAAACAGUUCCAUGUCAUCGGGGCAGAGACAAAGAAUAUCCAUCAUCCGGUCUUUAAUAAAAGACGCCCCAAUUUAUGUCUUCGAUGAAAUCACUUCCUUUUUAGAUGAGUCCAAUGUAGAAAAAGUAUACAACCUAAUUAAUACGUUAAUACCUAAUAAGACAAUUAUCUACGUCACCCACUCGGUGAAUAUUUUGCACCAGAUGGAUAAAAUAAUUGUCGUCGAUCAAGGCAGGAUAUGUUCCAUUGGGACUUUUAGUCAGAUUAAGAAUGACCCACUUUUCUUGGACAUCUUUUCGCACUCUAAAGUGACGUCCAUAUGA